CGACUAUGUAAAAAUCGAGUGGAAAAAUUUCGAUAUAUCGAAGCAAAACAUCGAUAUUUUCGAUGCAUCGAUGUUUUUUCGAAAUCCCUACAUUUAAAACCCUUUGAGAAAAAACGCGCUUGUGGAAGAUCAAAUUUCUGCCCGCAUAGUAAACAAAACUUCGAUUGUUAUUAAUUACAAAUAACAAUGGCUACAACUGAUGAGAAAGUAGAUGCCAAGCCCAACAUACUAAUUACAGGAACACCUGGUGCAGGAAAGUCUUACUUAUGCGAAAGAAUAGCCGAGCAAUUAAAACUCAAUUGGCUAGAUUGCUCCAAAAUUGCGAAGGAAAACGAUUUUGUUGAGGAGUACGAUGAUGAAUACGAAUGUCCUCUACUGGAUGAGGACAAGCUUAUGGAUUACAUGGAACCUUUCAUGCAGCAGGGUGGCAAUAUUGUCGAAUACCAUGGCUGUGAUUUCUUUCCAGAACGUUGGUUCCAAGCUAUUUUUGUUAUAACUUGCUCGAACACACAGCUUUUUGAUCGACUAAAAGAGCGCGGAUACAAUGAAAAGAAACUUAAAUCUAAUCUUGAAUGUGAAAUUUUCGGCACAGUGCUGGAAGAGGCUCGUGAAUCUUAUAAACCAGAGAUUGUUUUUGAAUUAAAAGGAGAUACUAAACUGGAUGCUGAACAAAGUUUGAAAACUAUUAAGAAUUGGUUGCGUUGCUGUCCAUAAUCGGCCCAUUAAUAUCUAACAAAAUGAAAUUAAAACCAUGACUUAACUCCCACUAUUCGAAAAAUAAAAGCUUUUGACUUCGUUCGAUGAUUAAAAAAAAAAAAUCCCGUUCAAUCGAUUCACAUUCUCGAAGUUAUUUCCAAGCUGCAGUCGAAAAUUGAGCUAACGAAUUUUCCUGCCCUGAAUCUGCUAAGGCAAAUAUUGUUUUUUUCAAUACUUUCGAGCAUCUAUCCAAUUCUAGUCAUCUUGAACCGCAAUGGCCCAUCUGGAGCGUACAUAAAUGUGACUGCAUAAUCCAAAGGUUUGUGAUUGUAUUCCAAUUUGUAAUUUCGAAGAAGCUGUAAAAAUGGUGAAAUAGAGAUGAUUUUUAAUAAAUAUA